AUGGCGUGUAAACGGAGCCAGAACCCUCCAAAAGAUGGCAUACACUUUGUGAAUGCCAGACCCACAUCCGAGAGUGAGCGCAUUAACACACAGCGCAUCGUGCGCGCUCAUGUCGGCCGUUGGAUCUCCGAUCAGACCAGAGACCGCGCCGAGUCCUCGAAUCCUUCCCGCGCUAUUCCCCACCCCAUCACGUAUCCUGUUCACAACCCAAGUCUUACGUUGAUACCUGCCCUCCCUGUUGCCCGGCCUAUUGAUCCUACGGGCGCAUUCGAGCGCUCGUCAUUUCCGCUUGCGUCGCGACCGUCUUGUUCACCUUAUCGGGGAAAUCGACCGCCGAGCCCACGACAUGAUCUCCUCUACUCCAUCCCCGAUGAUAGCAAAUGGCGACGCUCGCCCUUUCCGCCGUCGCAUAACAGUGAUAGUAGCGAGAGUAGCGUUGAGAGCUCCCCUCCACCAGAUGCUUGGCCAUCAACCGCUACCUUCACCUCCGUCGAGCAGCAGAUAUCGCCUUUCCUAGACCCUUUCUACACAUAUCCGUCCGGUGACCUGAACAUCUCGCCAGCAAUGGUAGAUGCACGUCAACAUUACUGUUCGUUCUAUCUUUCGCUUUGUAACUCUGUGAAUGUUCAAGACGCAUGUCUCAAUGUACUUUGGCCAGGACUCGUCCCGAGAAGUUCGAGUAAAUCGGUCUCUUCUACCCGCCUCCCGAAGCCUCCGGAGUUAUGGUAUUCGCUUUCGCGAUCGGAUCCGGCUCUUCAUAUGGCCUUUAUGUAUGGCUCUUUAUGUCAUCAGCGAGUGCUGUAUCUGAAUCAAUGGGGGCCUUCAGUCGAGUUCGGCCCACGAGAGGAUGCAUUGUUACAAGUCUGCGAAAUGGAAUCCAUUAAGCACAUCAAUGCUGCUGUUCGAGAUCCAUCGCGCAUGGUCAGCGAUGCAGUUCUUUUGAGUGUCAUAUGUAUGGCGCAUCACCAAGCUCCUGAUAAAACACAUGCCCAGUCCCAAUCAAUCCCUUUCAAUCCUCCAUUUCAAUGGCUACAGUGGCUUAAUGUUUAUGGUUGUCUGAAGCCGAAUGAAAUCCAUAUUCAUGGUCUGGUAGCAUUGAUCAAAAUACGUGGCGGAUUGCGGAAUAUCAAGUAUCCCGGUUUGGCUACAACACUCAGUUUCUCGGAGAUCUUCGCCGCAGCAUGUUGGUGUAUUCAGCCUAUAUUCGAAUUCUGGCCGUUGGAUGAAAGCCGGUUAGGAAUCUCGGUUCAGGACUUACUUGGCUUCGGUCCAUCGGAUGUUCAACGAGGCUUUGGGCAAUUCCAAGUGAUCGGUUUCACUCCACAAAUGGCAGCAGCCUUUCAAGCUGCUCGCGCCUACAUCAAUAUCCUUGAGUGUAUAGGCUCUGACGACCCAAGUCGCAACGGUGUCAACCAUGUGCUCCUGACUGAUCAACGCAACCUUACUGAAUAUACCCUUCUUGCAGUCCUACCAGCGCCACAAGUUUUAAACCACUUCGCACAUUCAACGCAAUCUGCUACCUACGAAGCUUGUCGUCUCGCGAGUUUGAUCUUCGGUGUGGGGGUUAUAUUCCCUAUUCCAGCUCAGAAUAGCCCUUUAACGCGACUAGCACAAGAAAUCCACGCCAUCCUACUUCAACCCAGCUCGAGUGUUCUCUGGUCGUCAUCAAGUACUCGUGUACCACUUGUUUGGAUUCUGACGCUUGCCGGCAUUGCAGCUUCUGAGACUUCCUACCGCUCGUUCUUCGUCUCGGCACUUGCAGGCACAGCGCGGCGGAGCGGUCUCUCUAGCUGGUUGGAACUGAGAGAUAUGUUGACGGAGAUGAUUUGGCACAAUACAGCUGGGGAGACUGCCGGUAAAGUUCUAUGGGCUGAAGUCGAAGCUUCUUGGCAACGGACUAAACCCCGGGCGUGA